AUGCCGCACCAUCAUUGCCGGCCGGGAUUUGCACCGACCCAGGGCUGUCUUUCUGCAAUCACGUAUGUGCCUGAUGGACCCGUCAAUCACAAGUAG